AUUGUUGAGCAGCCGGCUAGCCUCUUAUACCAUUUUAUCGACACACAAGGGGUGGAAAUACCUCGCUCUUCGCUGUCCUUAAGUCUAACCGCGUUCUAAAUUUAGACUAUAGGAUUUUUCAUAAAAGAUUUAGAAUUUAGAGCAAGCCACAAUGUCUGCCCCCGACAAAGAUGAGCUAGUGCAAAGGGCGAAACUCGCAGAACAGGCCGAAAGGUACGAUGACAUGGCUUCGGCGAUGAAAUCAGUCACAGAAACUGGGGUUGAACUCAGUAAUGAAGAAAGGAACCUCCUAUCGGUCGCGUACAAAAACGUCGUUGGUGCCAGAAGAUCGUCGUGGAGAGUCAUUUCCUCAAUUGAACAAAAGACUGAGGGCUCGGAACGCAAACAGCAGAUGGCCAAAGAAUACCGAGAAAAAGUCGAAAAAGAACUAAGGGAAAUCUGUGACGACGUCCUCGGUCUUCUUGACAAAUACUUGAUCCCCAAAGCCAGCAACGCGGAAUCAAAAGUUUUUUACCUGAAAAUGAAAGGGGACUACUACCGAUAUUUGGCCGAAGUAGCCACAGGAGACACGAGAAACGCCGUCGUCGAUUAUUCACAAAAGGCUUACCAAGACGCUUUUGAAAUCUCAAAGGCAAAAAUGACGCCCACACAUCCCAUCAGAUUAGGUCUUGCCCUAAACUUCUCAGUUUUCUAUUAUGAGAUAUUAAAUUCACCAGACAAGGCUUGUCAGUUAGCUAAACAGGCCUUCGAUGAUGCAAUAGCGGAGUUGGACACGUUAAAUGAAGACUCCUAUAAGGACAGUACUCUCAUUAUGCAGCUCCUCCGAGACAACCUCACACUCUGGACAAGUGACACACAGGGCGAAGCGGAUGAGCCUCAAGAGACUGGUGAUAAUUGAAGUGUGGCGUCCGUUUUCAAAUUAUUCGUUAAAAAUGAAGUUUCAUGUAAGUUAACGUAUUCGUGGAACUUGGUUGUGAAAUUUCAUUGACAGUUUUAAGCAAAAGUUUCACCAGAUGAAACUUGAUAUUUAACAAUGUUUUUAGGAGAUGUGUAAAUCGUUAAAAUUUAUUACAUUUUCACACAACCAAACAAUGUCAGCCACAAAAUAAGUUAUAAGUAAAAUGCAUCAUGGAUUCAAUUUUACCGGAAGUUGUGUGAUUUCUUUAUAUAUUUUUUGCAUUCUAUUUUCUUUGUUUUCUUUUAUUUUUUGUAAUUAGUGUUUUCAUUUUUCCAUACAUGUAAUUUAUUUGAAAUUUCAGUAAUUUUUUUGAUUUCUAACUUGUUAACUAUUAAAAUUAUUAUUUAAAUAACACUGUUUUAGUUAUAUUUUUUUUGUAUUCGUCCAUUGUUGAAAUCUCCAAAAAUAAAUCAUACCUAUACCUCUUUAUACAUUAAAAAAAAGCCUGUACCUUAGUCCACAAAAUUAUUUUGCACUCCGCUGCAUGGGCCGUAUCUGCCUUCCCCCCCUUGUUUACCGUCAACUCACUUUGGAUGUGCUAUAUAUAAAUGUAUGAAUAUGUAUUAAAAUAAACUGCUAUCAGCUCUACUUGUUUUCUGUUGUAUCUGGCAAAUAUGUAUAUUUGUCUGAUAUCAAUAAAUUUUUCAAAAUC